GGGGCCGCCCCCGUGGAGCCGCUCGGCGGCUCAUGUGCAGCUCGGCGCCGUGCGGAGCGGGGCUGCGGUGCGGGGGAGCCGGCGGGACAAACUUAGCGGUCAGCGGAGCGGCCUCCCCCCGAACGGUGAUCUCUGCCAUCCGCUUGCAGAACACGCAGAAAUAAAUCGGCGCUUUGAGCAGCUGCAAGGAGAAAUGUUACUCCCGGAAUGAAGCAAUAAAACAUCUCUGCAGAACCGUAUGAUUGAGAACGCGGUUCAACCCUCCUCUGCUGCUGGACAUGCUUUAAUCCUCCUGCCCCACUCACCCACUGUUGCAGUAAUACAGAUGGAUCGUAGCAGAGAGGCAGAAAUGGCAUUACGGAGAUCCUCCAGUCCAGGCAAGCUGAGCAAGAACGACAUGGAUGCUGACAAGACCAUGUGCCACAGCUGCUGCAUCUGUGGUAAAAGUUUCCCUUUUCAGAGCUCCUUAUCGCAGCACAUGAGGAAGCACACGGGUGAGAAGCCCUACAAAUGCCCUUACUGCGAUCACAGAGCUUCCCAAAAGGGCAACCUGAAGAUCCACAUCCGUAGCCACAGGACAGGCACUUUAAGUCAGGGACAUGAGGUGGAGAUGGGAGAGGCACAGCUGGGUGAGAUGGGAGUGUCAGAAGGCCUUGGCGGCUGCACCAGCCCUACCAAAAGCACGUCCGCCUGCAACAAGAUCUUGAAUGGUAGUGCUCAGUUAGACAGCAGCAAGAUCUUGUUGAGAAGCAGCAAAAAGGACGUCACAGAGGCGACACCUGCUGAGGAGGAUGGCAAGCUAUCUGCUUACCCGUGCACCUUCUGCAAAAGCAAAUUUGAAAGGAAGAAGGACCUGGAGCAGCACCUGCACCAGAUCCACAAACCAUUCAAGUGCAGGCUGUGUAGCUUCAUGACCCUGAGGGAGGAGUCGUUGCUAAGCCACGUGGAGAAGGACCAUGUUACUGCUCAGGUCCCAAAUGGGGAGGCCUACACUGAGAACUGCAAGAGCGAGCUGAGCGCUGGUGAGUUUCCUUGUGAAGUCUGUGGCCAGGCCUUCAGUCAGACCUGGUUCCUGAAAGCUCACAUGAAAAAGCAUAGGGGCUCAUUUGAUCACGGCUGCCACAUUUGUGGCAGAAGAUUCAAAGAGCCCUGGUUUCUCAAAAACCACAUGAAGUCGCACGGCCCGAGAUCUGGGAGCAAAAACAAACUGAAAAAUGAGCUGGAGCUCAUAGCCACUAUCAAUGAUGUGAUACAGGAGGAGACGAUUGUGACUGGCCUGUCCCUGUACGAAGUCUGCACCAAGUGUGGAAAUCUGUUUACAAAUAUGGAAAGCCUAAAAGCGCAUAAUGCUGUGCACUACCGGGCUCAGCGGGGCAGCACUGGGGAUAAAGCCGAGGGCUUAAUCGAUGGGAGCCUGAGCCCCUCGGUAACAAAGCAGUUUUUCUUGCAGUGUCUCAGUCUAAGGCCAUCUGUAGGGAUGGAUAGAGUUACAAGAGGACAGCCUGGAAAAAGAGUAGCUGAGCUGGAUCCAGUCAGUAGCUACCAAGCUUGGCAGCUGGCCACCAAAGGAAAAGUAGCAGAGCCCUCCGAGUAUGUGAAGUAUUUGGGGUGGGACGAGGCCCUGGCAGACGCGGAUGUGACUUAUGACAAAGAUAAGAGGGAAUACAUCCUCGUCAACCAGGAGAAGCGCAAGCGGGAGCAGGAUUCGCCCAGCUCCUCCAGCAACCCCAAGAAGAAGAGCUGUCCCAGCGGGCGCCUGGAGAAGUCCGGCAGCGUCCUGCCAGGGGAGAGCUGCCCACCCGCCCAGGGUGAUGUGGACUACCGUCCCUCCUCAAGGCAGGGCAGGCGGGCUGCCCAGAACAAGUCCACCGAGUGCUUCGAGUGCGGCAAGAUCUUCCGCACCUACCACCAAAUGGUGCUGCACUCGCGGGUGCACCGCAAGGAGCGGAGGAGCUGCCGGGAAGGUGGGACGGCCGCCCAGCCCGACCGCUAUGGCUCCAGCAGCGAAGAAGGGGACUUGGGCUCUGUCAGUGGGCCCAGCACACCUGACUCCGCGUCUGCUCUGGAGGACUCAGCCACCUCUGGCCUGGGGGAAGAAGGGGCCGAGGAGAGCUCAGAGGAAGGAGCAGCCGAGCCGUCGCUGGAUGAAAAGCCAUACCACUGCAGUUUUUCUGAAGAGGAAACCCCUAUGGUAACAUCUCAGGUGGAGGAAAUUACGAAGCUGGGAAGCCACAGCGCCAGAGAAAAUGAGGCCAGUGAUUCUAAACCAGAGAUUCCAGCAUUGGUGCCCACAGUGGAGAGCGUCAUCAAGGAGCCCUUUUCGAAAUACCAGGAUCUGAAAGGUUCUGCAGAUUUAAAGAUGCCAGCAUUUCACCACAGCCAAGGGCUUCCUUGCUCCAGUCACUUUGCUGGCUUUGCUUCAGGUGUGGGCCAGACAUCUUCAAACAUGGUCGUGGACUUGAAAACAUCACUUGAAAUGCAAGCUAGUCACUCUAGAGAAAAUAUACUAGACUUACACAGGGAGCAUCCUCUGAUAGAAAAAGGUGCUGAAGCUGAAGAGGCAGCUCCACUUGAUUUGAGUGAAAAAUCAACAAGGGAUAAUUCAUGCAAUAAAAAUUUGAAUAUAUCCUUGCAGGCUGCUUUAAUUAUCUACCCAUGUCCUUUCUGCAGUCAUAAGACCUACUACCCUGAGGUCCUGUGGAUGCACAAAAGAAUUUUGCACAAAAUCAGCUGUAACUCAAUGGUACCCCCAUGGGUUCAACAGAAUGGGUUCAAGAGUAUUAAAAACAACCUGGUUUUCCUGGCAAGGAGUGGGCGUACCGGCCCCCCUCCUGUUCUUGGUGGUAAGGAAUGCCAGCCUUUGCCCGUUGCCAGAUUUACACGUACUCAAGUGCCAAGUGCAUUACCAGGGUCCAAAAGCAAUUCUCUUCCUGUUGGGAUGACUGCUAAGUCUGGGAGUGUGCAUCAAUCAAAGGACAGUCAUGCAUUUGGCCACUGUGGUCCUCGCUUAUCAGGUCUGGAUGGGUACAGACAGCCCAAAGUAAACCAUUCACAGGAGCAAUACAGCACAGCAGCACAGCAGCCUCAGCUGAAAAAUAAAUAUGAAGCAAAUUCCAAACUUAUGCAAAUGGGAGCCUAUGGUGGAAGUGUAACGCCUACUCAGACAGUCAUAUCCAGGCCUAGCACGCAGCCUACCAACAGUAAACAAGUGGAAAAAUACGUGGUUCCCCAGGGAAGUACUGGUUUUGUCCCUUCAGGUAAGCACUGUGCUUCUGAUUCCAUGAAGGCCAAAUACAACCCACCGCCGCAGUAUCAUCCCCUUUGCAAAAGCGAGCAGUACACUAAACAUGAAGAGCCACUGGUGCCUCAGAGGGAGUCUCACAUAAAGGCUGGGAAUGAGAUGAGGACAUUGGCAAACUGCACAGCUGUGACACGAGCAAGUCCACUGAUGCAGCCCCAGCCUGGUGCAGCAGGAGUCUCCUCGGUUUUACACUCCAGCAAACAGGAUCUGGGAUCAGAUGGGCACGAGAAACGUUUGGACAUUUUAAAUAUCUUUAAAACAUACAUUCCAAAGGACCUUGCUUCGUUGUACCAAACCUGCGGUGCCAACAGCCCAGUCCUGGAUCACGCAGGGAUGCUUAGGACACAAACACGCCAAGGAGACUGCGUCUGCAGGGAAUGUGGAAAAUGCUUUAACCAACCCAGUCACCUCAGAACUCACCAGAGGUCCCACACAGUGGUGUUUGAGUCUAAUGGACUCCGAGGUACUGAAGUUCACACCACCUCCGCAGAUGCCCCAAAACAAGGCAGAGACCAUACCGGCACCGACGUUGCCCACACGCUGCCUCUCCGCAAGGGCACCUAGAGCCUCGGCCCAGGAGCCCCCCACAGCCCCUGCCCCGCCGGCAUCCCGGCGUCCCCGCGGAGCACGGAGCAUCGCCUCGGCCGGCAGCGCUGCGCAGCGUUGGGAGCGGCACCGCGCUCUGCUAGCAGGGGGUGCCGCCGCGCCGCUCGUCGUUGGGAAAUAAAUGAAGAUGCUACCCGAGAUAUAUAUAAAUUGACGUACUAAUCAGUCCCAUGGUUCCUUAUUUCCUUUAUAAUAAACAGUGGAGUUGGCAAGCGCCGUGGCAGCACGAGGCAUCUAUAUUAAUCAAGAGAAGUUUGAGACACUGGAAAAAUUAAACUUUAUGUGAUUUGGACAGCAUGAAGAAGUUAAGCACUGUAACAAAAACCUCCCCGAUGCUCACAAUGACUAUUUGAUACGUUUGAAAAACAGCAGUGGAUUCGAGGGCUGGAGAAGUAUUAAUUAAUGAAACUGCCACUGCCUGUCAUGCUGAAAAGCAAAUUAAAAAAAAGAGAGAGAGAGGAAGAAAGGGGGUGUGGGAAGAAGGUGGCAUUCGGUGCUGAGAAAGCAAUGCUUGAUGAAGGAUUAAAGGGACUAAAGAGAAAGAUCGUCACUCUGCAAUGGUUUGUUUCAUUACAGUUUGGGGACCACUUGCAUUUCUAGUGCUCUUGUUCUUGACUGCGCACCAUUAAUAGUAUGUGAAUAUGGAAAUGGAAACACUUCCACAGAAAAGCUUCUAUUCUGUUUGGGAAAAGAAAAGCUAGUUGAACACUAAGAAAAACAGGCUUCUGUGUUUUACUCUCAGGACCUUUUUUGUAACAGGGCUACUUUCUUCGACCUGAUCACAAAGGAAGUCUUCAUGUUUUAAACAAUUAAAUAAAUAGACCUGCUCAGCUGUCUAACGCCACCCAUCCGUAUGUUGCUAAUGGAGAAGGCGUCACGGAGUGCCUCAGCCCAAAGCUGUUCUGCUCCUCCCUGGGCCCGGCCACGCUCCGAGAAGACGAGAUCCUUCUGUAGUGGUGGCAGGUCAAUGUUCAUAUGAUGUGUCAUGUCUUGUACACGGUGAUCACUGGUGGUGUUACGAGGGGGGAAAAGGAAAAAAAAAAAAAAAAGCUUUAUAUACCUCUUCUACAGUAACUCUUUAACUGCAAGUUUCCAAGGUGGGGUUGUGGCACAUAACAGGUUGUUAACCAUGCAGUGUAAGCAAUUAAAAUGUAUUCCACAGAUAUAAAUAUUUUCUUUCCUUAUUGCUGUGACACUAUGUGUGAUGGUAAUAGUUCUGAGACUUUCAGAUUUUGCACAUAUAAUUUUAUGCAUUAUCAGAAGUUACUGCUGCCUUGAAAGAAAACGUUCUGUGAAAAUUUUUUGCAAAAGCUUUACUAGGUUUUUUUCUGGUCUUUUUUGUUUUUCUGUUUUCGUUUUUUUUUUUUUUUUUUUUUUAAUUGUAACAUUUUGUAAAGGCAGGAAAUGGAAUUAAAAAAAAAACUAGCAUGCUAAAUAUAUUUUUCAAAAAAGCAAUAAUUUUACAUGUACAGAAAUGAUGCUAACCUUUACUACAGGUGAGAGCAACAGUUUACUUAAUACAAUAAUGGAAUAGUGCUGUUUUUGUAGGGCUUCUGACACAAAGAUUUGUUUAAAAAAAAAACAAACAAAAAUACAAAAAAAAUACCCUUUAAAGCGUGAUCUUUCUGUUCUAACAGCUCUGGUGGGCGGGGGGGAGGGGAGGGGGAUGCUUUUUUAAAGAAAAAAUCUAGUUGGUAAUUGGUUCUGAAUACUUCUUGUUACUUGUUUUAAAUUACUUGACGGUUUUUGUUACAUUGCAACACUUGCAACAAUGCAAAUUAACUCUGUUGUGUAUUUUUGAUUAGUUUUUCCUUUUACCAUUACACCAGAUUGUAUACCAGAAUUGUCUGUAAGUCUUGGUGUAGUUAGGAAUGUCUGUGCAAAUGCUUACGAGUGACUGUAAUUAACUGUUCUGUGAAGUUAUUCUGAGGGAGGUCGCAUAGACACAUUCCAUUGUACACCAAAAAAAAAAAAAAAAAAAAGAGAGAAAAAAAGAGAAAUAUUUUGCUGUGUUGCUUAAUGAUUAUCAUUUUGGGUUUGCACUAGCUUUCUCAUUUGUUUUUAUUAUUAUUAUUAUUAGUUUCUUUUUCGGUUUUGUUCUUUGUUUUGUUGCUUUUCUGAGUCAUGUUUUCCAUGAAUGGAAAUAAUGGUGAUGGUUCAGGAAUGCACAGAAGCUAGUUGCUUAGCCUAUUUGUUUGUGUUUUAGUUAUUAAAAACUCUUGUGUACCCAAAAUGGCACAAAAGCGUAGCGUACAUUUGUAAUUUCUUUCUUUUUUAUUUAAUUUUUUUUUUUUUGCAAGCCGAUAUAGAAAAUCUUAGUUAACAUUUAGAGCCAAAAGCUUUUUUUCUGGAGCUUUUCUUCCAAAUAUCUGACAGAGAAGCUAGUGCUGUCAUCGCCAUUACCAGGGUACUAAUCAGCAAAGUUUACAAUCAUGAUUUAGCUACAUGAAGAACAACAGUAGGGGAAAUCAGUUUAAAUAAUUAUAUGCUGUGUAUAGCACAGAAAUGAGAUUUUCACUUAAUUAAACCAGAAAUAAGAGUGGGUGGGAGAAAGCCAACCCUAAAGACCAUCUGUUUUCUGAAAUGACUCCCAUGAUUUCUUCUUUUUUCUUUAUCGUUGUGUUGUAUUGAUUUGUUACUUUAGUUAGGCCGUAGUAUUUAAAAUUGAGUUGUGUUCUUUAUUUAUUUAGUCAAUGGGCUUUGAUCAGCUCCUUUAAACGACGUGAUAAGUUCUUUGGCAUGACACACUCCUGUAAAAGCCCUUUUAUGACUGUUACAGGGACUUUCUACUACCUCUACCAAUCUACUGUUUCUUCUUCUUAACAGGUUUUUAUGGUGUUGCAAGUCUAAUGUAACUUAGACAAUAAAGGGUUUGAUUAUCUACA